GUACCCGUUACAGACACGUAACCUUACAGCCAAGGACAACAAUUCAGUAUUGGCAGAAUAUUAAGUAAACAUCGCAUGACUGUGUUCAGAGCUGGUUAAAUGCACGGUUGUGUGCAUGCAGUGUAUGCGCUGGUCUAAGUAAUGUGUGCAAAUAGUGGAACGGGCCUUGGCGUCUGGCUUUGUGUGAGCGUGGUUGUAUGUCACUAUCUGUCGUGGCUUGACCCGCCCAUCCGUUUUCAGGUGAACGCUGGCGAUAAUUAAGUUCUGGACGCAGGGCCGAAAGCACCAAACGCUACCCGGAUUCAGACUUUUCUCCUCGUCGGUAAUUUCAUUUGCUCAAUGUCUCGCUUCCACAGCCCCCGUGAUAUAGUCAAUUUCCCUCUCUCUGUCUCGAGCUCCCUCUCCUUCUGUUCAUUCCCACCUCUAAGCGGAAUGGCGAAGCGAAAAGAAAACCGGUUGGACAGGUAGAACUUGGAGAGGACUCGCCCUGGUUGGUGAGCGUUUGUGUGAGGUUUUUGUAGGUAUAAAACUGGAAACUUUUCACCUCCGCGGUUCCUACCUUGGCUUACCUGCCCGGACACACCGGAUCUCGCUUUCACCUGGGGCACUCCCGUUUGCCGAAGUGGAAAGGAGUCCGAACUGGGAAAAGGCGAAAGAAAGAAGGAAUUGUGCGAAAUACGGAAUAUUUAGUUGAUUAAAGGAAUUAAGAGUGACCCCCGAAAGAACUGACUGCUGCUUUUUCCAUUUCCAAUUAUUGAAAACGAUAAUUUCGGGAGUUCGUCUUGUGAUUUGAAUAGAGUAAUUACGAAACGCGAAGCGGAAUAAGGGUAUAACUGUUUGCCUCUCUCCGCUUUGUGAAACUUGAGUAGGGCUCACUUCAGGAGCCUUUUCCCUCGAACUUUGCGAACUGGGGAAAAUCGAGUGUGAGAGUUCUAACGAGUCCGUUAUAACGGCGUUGGGCUUCAAAAAACGGAUAGACCAUGCCUCGAGCAUUCCUCGUGAAAAAGACGAAUAUUUCCCCUGGCCGGCGGAAUUGGAGCCAGCUCCCGGACCAUGAACGCGGGGAAAUCUAUAUACCAGUCUCUCAGGCCACUCCUCUCAGUGGGGAGGAGUCAGAGGCCAGCCCAGCUGAGUGGGCUCUGUGCCUGUCUCGGCUGCAGGGAGACUCCACCCAUGAUGACCACGCCCACGAUGGCCACGCCCACAGGGCGGAGCUCCCCUCCAGCACCGCGCAGGGCCAGCAUAGCCCCGCCCCCGGGGAGUGGCCAAAGCCACAGGGCACGCCCUACGUUCGCUCCAAGAUCAAGGUGACCACAGGUGAGCCGCUACCUGUGGAGUCUGUCCGCAGUGACCCUCCUGCUGCGGGCGUGUCCUUGGGCCAAUCCGUGGAGGCUUCUCCUGGCGUGUUCGUGGUUGGGGGCGUGUCCACCCCUCUGGGCGUGUCCUUAGGAGGAGGCGUGUCCUCUGGAGGAGGUGUGUCCUCAUCUCCGGGUGUGUCUUUGGAAGGGGGCGUGUCCUCAUCUCCAGGCAUGUCUUCCGGAGGGGGUGUGUCCUCAUCUCCGAGUGUGUCUUUGGAAGGGGGCGUGUCCUCAUCUACGGGCGUGUCUUCCGGAGGGGGCGGGCCCUCGGCAGGGGGCGUGUCCUCGGGCACGUUUGCGUUCAGCUGCCAGGUGUGUCAGAAGGGCUUCCAGUUCCAGCGCAUGCUGAAGAGACACCUGAAGUGCCACAGCGAGGCCAAGAGACACCUGUGCAGCUACUGCGGCAAAGGCUUCAACGACACCUUCGACUUAAAGAGACACGUCCGCACGCACACAGGAGUGAGGCCCUAUAAGUGCUCGGUGUGUGAGAAGGCCUUUACGCAGCGCUGCUCGCUGGAGUCCCACCUGCGGAAGAUCCACGGCGUCACGCAGCAGUACGCCUACAAGGAGCGCCGCAACAAGCUGUUCGUCUGCGAGGAGUGCGGCCUGACUGCGCAGACGCAGGACGCCCUGCUGCGCCACCUGCGCCAGCUGCACCCGCACAGCGCUCUGCUGCGCGCCCGGGACGGCCGCCGGCCGGGGGGCGGGGCCGGGGGCGGGGCCAAGGGCGAGGCCGCCUCCCCCGGCUCCUCCCCCCGCUCCUCCAACAGCCCCGACAGCGACGACGCCCACGCUGAGGACAUGAAUCAAUGACCACAUGAGUGAGUGAGUGAAUGAAUUAAUGAAGAUGUUCUAAGGAGAGCAAGAGAGAGAGAAGCAGGCCAAGGUGUCCACAGAGUUCCUGUGAAUAAUGUUUUUUUGUUGAUGUCCUUGCAAUAGUCCACAGAGGACCAAUGCCCCCUUUUCAUAAAGCAGUAAUCCGCACAUUAGUGCUGAUCUGAGAUCAGUUGGGCCCUUUGGCUCAGAGUGGAUGCGGUUUGGACACGGACUGGGAAUAACUGAUCCCAGGUCAGCCCGCAUGCUCUGAGACGCUGUGGAUGUAGGCCUGAGUGUCUCAGUUUGACUCCUCUUGCUUCUGAGAGUAAAACUGCCACCGUUCUGGAUGAGGGAGACCAAACGACCGCUCAAAUAACUCCCCUCGGAGGAAUAUAUAUAUAAAUAUAUAUAAAUAUAAAAUAGAUUAUUUAUGAUGCUGUUGGUGUCCGGCUGUUGUACAUUGAGCAGCUAGUGAUGUCACUGUGGGAGAUUACCUCUGGAGAGCUUAUGCAGUCUUGUACAUACUAAGAGACGGAUGACCAAGAUGAUAAAAUCUCACAUUCUGUUGAUUUUUUAAAACUUUUUUUAAAAAUGUAUUCACAUAUUUAAAUAUCCAUCUUAAGAUCUAUCAGGGUGUCAUUUAUACUUUUUUUCGAAGAGGGAAUAUAGUUUAUUUUUAAAACUAUUUUAUACAUUUGAUGAAAUGGAUGUGUGCAACAUGUUGUGAUACUUUCUUUUCUUUGUUUUUAUAAAAUGUGGAUGCAAGUCAGACGCUGGACUGCUGUACUUCAUCUGAAAGGACAUUUCAAACGAUGUUCUGCAGUGCUGCUAGAAAGACAGGAAGUGCACAGAACUGUAAAAUGAUGUAACUUCCUGUCCUUGCUGUACUUAUCGUAUAGCAUAGAUAGGAGCUGGAGGUGGUAGGAGGGGCCAGGCGGUGAAGCCUAGGAAGUUACAGGGAAACGGCCUCUACUGCGCAUGCUUGACGGCAAAAGCGCUUGCUGCCCAUUCAAUUCAAUGUAGAAAUCCAAGGUGAUUUAACUACCAAAGAAAACCUCAUUGAUGCAUUCUUUGUGAUCAUAAAUUUCAUUAUGUGCUGCAGUUUCUGAAACAGUGAUUGUUUUGGUCCAGAAAUGUUGAAAAAAUACUUAUUCAAAUGUGCAGAUUUUUUUACAUAAUGCAUAAUUUUCAAUCUGCUUUUCAUGUGAAGCGUAACGGUCAUCAAUCGAGUUAUAAAAAAUACCAUGGAGGACAUUUUAUUUUGCCUUCUAAAGUCUGAUGUUCCCCAUUCACUUUAACAGGAGCUCCAGUGUUUUCCCCUCAACAUGCACUAUACAGGCUGACUUCCGGGACUUCACAAGCUUAGCUUAGCCGAAGGCGCGGUCGCCUGUCUAGUUAAAUAUGCAUGUCUAUGGUGCUUAUGGUGGGCUGGGUUCUCUUUUCUUGUCUCUGAGUCAAAACAGGCCAGCCGGGAGCAGCUAGUUGCUGGCAUUCAUUGAUCUGGCAUUCCGAUGAAAAUGAUUCUUUUAUGUGAUUUUUGCAGUUUGGUUUAGACUACAUGUUUUUGCCAGGGAUCUGAGGAAGUGAUUAAAAAAAAAAAAAAAAAAAAAUGUAUUUUAUUUUUCCUGGCAUUUAUUGAGUUACAGAUUUCUGAUACCAUAUUUCACCCAGGUCUGGCCCGGGUUUGACCUGGGUCUGAUUGUGACUGUGUUUUGGCACUUAAUUUGUGCAGCAGGAGCGCAUUAGGAGGUACUUGAAUACACUCCCAUUUGGCAAUGAAACUGGUUGAGAAACGCUUUACUGCACUCUGUCACACGAUGCUGCAAUUCGGUUGGUUGGGUGGGGUGCUGAGGGGGAGGAGCCAAGUCACAUGUUGCUCAACAUUAAAUGAACGGUCUUGGA